UGAACGUGUUGAACAAUGAUGUAAGCUGAUAUAGACAAGAUGUCAUCUGAAGAUUCAGAUGAGUUCCCAGGCAGGCUGCUCCACCAGGCGGCGCUGUGGGACAAUGCCGAGCUUCUGGAGGACCUCCUAGCCAGCGAGGAGAUCGCGCACAUUGGCUCACGCGACUCGUGGGGCCGCACGCCUCUGCACGCGGCCGCCACCACCUACAGUUCGCGGUGUCUGCGGGUGCUGCUUCAGUCGGGCGCGGACCCGGAUGUUCCCUGCGGACCACGGGGAGAGUACAGGACUGCGCUGCACCUCGCCGCCGAGCACGGCCACCUGGAUAAUGUGCGCCUGCUGCUGGAGAGCGGCGCCGACCUGCUGCUCAAGGACCACUGCGGCCUGACGGCCAUGGACCUGGCCGAGCGGGGCGACCACACCGACUGUAUGCAGCUGCUCCGCGAGACGGCAGCCGUGCGCUCUCCGCCGGUCGCUGAGGACCCGGGUCCGCCUCUGAGUGCCGCCAUGGUGGUGUCGUCGUUCGGAGAGAUGGUGCAGGGACUGCGCCGCUCAGGCAGUCUGCGCUACUCGGUCCGACGCCGGCCGUCGCCCGUCCAGCCCGUCUGCCUCG